AUGUCUUUAUCACAAUUCUUCAGAGAGAUUACACCCAACUUACAUGAAUUUGAUGAUGCCAGUGAUAUCAUAUUGAAAUUAGCCAAUAACGAAUUUAUUAAAGUUGAUGAUCUGUUAUCUAUAGAAUUCGCAAGAUACCUUGAUAAUUUCGACGAAUUAAAAGGUUUACGCGAGGAAUUUGUUAUUCCGAAAAUUUGUGAUGUCGUGUCGAAGGAUAAAAUUGAUGGUAAUAAUAUUGAUCCUAACGAAGAAUGUAUAUAUUUAUGUGGCAAUUCACUUGGAUUAUUACCGAGACGAAGUAAACAAUUGGUUGAUGAAGAGUUUGAAGUUUGGUCUAAAACUGGGGUCUUUGGUCAUUUUCAACACAAAUUUAAUCGCCCAUGGUUAACUAUUGAUGAGACGGUAACUUCACUAACCGCCAAUCUCAUAGGAGCAACGCCAACUGAAGUAGCAAUAAUGAACACACUUACCACAAAUCUUCAUCUUCUCAUGGUUUCUUUUUAUACACCCAAUUCGGAACGAUACAAGAUUUUAAUUGAGGAUAAAGUUUUUCCAUCUGAUCAAUAUGCUAUAGAAUCACAAUUGAAAUUCCACGGUUAUGAUCCUGCCGAAGCAUUAAUCACUGUUAAACCACGCCCAGACGAAUACACAAUCAAGGACACAGACAUUAUAGAACAAAUAGAAAAAGAAGGGGAAAAGAUUGCAGUUGUGUUAUUGAGUGCCGUUCAUUACUACAAUGGACAAUACUUUGAUCUAGAAAAGAUUAGUAGAGUUGCGCAUGAAAAGGGUUGCGUUGUAGGAUUUGAUCUUGCACAUGCUAUCGGCAACGUUGUUUUAAGCUUACAUGAUUGGAAUGUAGAUUUUGCAGUUUGGUGUUCUUACAAAUAUCUUAAUUCUGGUCCUGAAUUCAAACCAAUCCAAGGAGCGGCAGGUUACCAGCUAUCUAAUCCAUCCGUCUUGAAUACGGUAUCACUACUAGGCAGUCUCCAAAUAUUCGCAAAAACCAACAUGCUUACACUUCGAGCUAAAUCUUUUCUGCUCACUGGAUACCUAGAAUUUCUAAUCACCAGAAAACUAAACCCGCACUACCAAAACGACUACAAAAUAAUAACUCCACAUGACCCACGUCGACGCGGAGCCCAACUCUCAGUUCUUUUGAUUCAUGAAGAACAGUUCGAGAGUAUAUUUAAUGGGUUGAUGGAGCGCGGUGUUGUUGUCGAUGAACGGAAACCUAAUUGUAUUAGAAUUGCACCUGUACCAUUGUACAAUACUUUCUAUGAAGUAUGGAAAUUUGUGGAAAUUUUAAAAGAUAUUCUUGAUAACAAAAAGUUUUAG